UCAAUGAUGUCUGGUUCGAGUAUGUAUAAGACGAAACUAUGUAUCUUGUUUAAGAAUACUGGUAACUGUUCGAGACCUAAUUGUUCGUUUGCUCAUGGUACUGCUGAGCUUCGUCGUCCUCGGGAGUCUUCAUUUACUGGUAAUGGUCUCGUUUUAUUGCUUUUGUUUAAGCUAUUGAUUUCAUUUUCGAGUUAAUUGGUGGAAGGAUUCAUGAUGAUCAAACAUAUAGGUCUCUCUCUUUGCUCAGACUUAUUUUGUAUGAUGAUUCUGUGAAGUAAUCUUUCUCCUGGAGCUUGGUGGUUGUUCAAAUGCACUUUUUUAUGAUAUGAUUGUGUAAAACGUGUUCUGCUUACAGUGUGAUAAACGCAUGGUAUCAGUGUUAUACUUUGCUUUGGAUUUGGUUUAUCUUCAUAUAAGUUUAUGUAUUCGUUUUUGCUGACUAGUUUUAUUCUGCGGAAUCAUUCGGGAAUAUUGGAUGUUGUUCCAUUUGCAGAAAGAUAGCAACUGACAGGGAUUAGUACUGCUGGGGUCUUUCUGGAUGAUAUUUAUAUUGAUUUUCUUUUGGAGUGGAAUCUGCUGGUUUUUUCUUAGCUGAUAUUUAUCUUGGUUUUCUUAUUGCUCUUGAAAGCACCAUUCUUUUUCAAGAAAAUCUAGCAUGGGCUUUCCGGGGGUUUUCUACAACCAUGAUUCUCAGACUCCAAGAUUUGGUGGCAAGCAAUGCUUGUUGUUAGGAUUUAUCAAUUCCUGUUGUUAUGACUUCUGGCAUUUUUCAUUCUGCCAGUUAUGUAUAUGGAGAUUUCCAUGAUUGUUUUAUCUUCAAUGGUCUCUCAGUUGGUUUCUUGGAUCAAGAAAUAUGCAGAAUAUGGGGGUUUGAUUGUCAGAAGGAAUUGAACGUCAGAUUUUGAUGGAUUUUGGUUGAUUGUGUUAUUAUAUGGAUCUUCAAGAUUGGUUCUUUAUUUUCUCACGUUCAACAUAAUCUGAGGCAUUCUCAACCUAUUAUUUAUCGAUGAGAUACAGUGACUUCCACUUAUUUAGUGUCCAAUUGUGGGUUUUCUCCAAUUGCUGGUAAGAAGAGGACAUUAUUUUGUGGUCUCUUUGAACUGGCUAGCAGACAUCACAAUAUGGAUAGUGACUUAAGAGAUAGACUUGGUAGACAGUUUUCUCCAGAGCGGAGACCUUCUUUAGACAGAAGUGGAAGAAGGCUACAAAGAUUUGGUGGACAUGAAAAUGCUAGGCCAUUUGAGAACCGAAGAAAUAAAGACUACAGGGGGAACCAUAGAUUUGAUGAACGACGUGAUUAUGCUGGUGGUUUGAAAGUCGGGAAUAGGAUUGAAGACAGGGCACAAGAUGGAAGAAAUAAGUUUCAGGGUUACAAUAACGUUGAAGAUGGAAGAAAUAAGUUUCAGGGUUACAAUAACGUUCUGGAAGAGCAGUUAAAAGAUGUAGAGAUGGAUGUUAAAAUGCUUACUGAUGACAAACUACGGUUGGAGGCUUCCGUUGAAAGGAAGGCACAUGAAGUAGACAUUCUUAUCUCUAGGAUUGAGGAGCUUGAGACCCAGUUAGAUAGAGAGAAAGAGGAAUGUAGGAGGAUUACUUCAAGCACGAAAAAAUUUGUGAAAGAAUAUAACCGCUUCUUGAGGGCACAAGAUGAUCUAAAGAGGUCAGAAGCCCGUCUUCAGAAAUUGGUAAACCAACUUAGUACAUAUCUUGCUGAAAGUGAAGGCAUUAAUAGGGAUGUAAAUGUGGAUAUUGUGAGCGAUGAAGAGAACAAUGGUCGAAAUUUGAGAACCGCUUGUGAUCCACAGAAUGAGUUGCAGAAUACUUCUUCAAUGCCUAGGAAAAAGCGUUAUGUGGAUCAAUAUACUACGAAAGAAAAUGUUGAGGAUGGCUUCAAAGGAAGAGGUGAAGAAGAGAAGAUAGAGAAGGAGAAGGAGAAGAAGAGACCUUCUCGUUGGUAUUUGGGUUCUUCAAAAUCAUAUUCCGAAGAAGAAAGUGGAGCGUGGAACGACGAAGACACAAUUAACAAGUCCUCAUCAAAGGAAGACAACUGGAAAAGAAGAAGGUUUUCUAUUGGCACCUCAUCUACUGAUAAGGUAAUAUCGUCUACAAGCAUGGCAGCUCGGACAUUUGAUGAUGUUGCAGAAUUUGAGGAAGAGAAUCCUGAAGCAGCCAAAAGCUCUCCUCUCAUAUCCCUUCCUCCACCCCCACCUUUCGGAGAUACCCAUGUUCAGGGAGACGAGGAUGACGAAAACGUUGAUGUGAUGGAACAAGGGAAAGCCAAUGACCUUGAUGAUUCCAUCUGAUCAUAAUAACCGCUAAAAUUUGAACACUAGAAAAAAGCCUGUUGUUAUAAAGUAAUCUUCUGGGGUUUUAUAGGCGAGCUUUACAUUUUAUUCGGUGCAAUAUUAACAAUGAUUUAGAAUCGGUACAUGCUUCUGCUUCUGUUCAUCAUCUUUAAAUAUAUAUAUAUAUAUGGCCUUUGACU